AUGCCGACCGCGCAUCAUCCCGACCGCGAACGUUACAGCGGAAUUGGUUUCGCGCAACAACCCACCCAGAAUGCCGCGAACUUGACAGUACCCAGCAUGCAGCCUCCACACACAGGAGCAGCCGCGAACGGCAUUCUUUUCGGAAUGCCGAUCGGACAGCAUCCCGACCGCGAACGCUACAGCGGUGUAGGUUUUGGGCACCCACCGACUCAGUCAGCCGCGAAUUUGGCGUCACCCUGCGGAGUAGGUUUUGCGCACCCACCGACUCAAUCAGCCGCGAACAUGGCGUCACCCAGCGGAGUAGGUUUUCCGCACCCAUCGACUCAGACAGCCGCGAACAUGGCGUUUCCCAGCACGCUGCCACGAACAGCUACAGUCGUGAACAGCAACGGUCUUGGCAUUCCGAUCGCUCAGAACUACGAACGCGUUCAGGGCAGCAGUGUCAGAUUCGCCCAACACGCGAAUCUUGGCAUGCCUGGGCCUGCAGCCCCACGGACUGCAGAGCCAUCUCACACGCAGAUUGAUCCGCGAACGUCCGUUACAGAAGCCAACCGCGAAGAACAGGAGCGCGUGACGGAGCCACAGGGCAGAAACGCAGAUGUGGAGGAUGACGAUGAUGACGAAGAUGACACGAUGCCUGAUCUGAAUCUGAGACGCCCAGGAGAGCGAACGGGGGACGGUGCUGCAGGAGGUGUCGGUGGAACACCAGAGAAUGAGAUUCGUCCUCACAGUAUCGAGAUACGGCCCCGAGAAGCAGCGGAACUGAACGAAAUGUUGACGGGAGUGGAGAGGGUGCAGAGUCUCAUUACCGACAAGGCGAUAGCCGACUGGAUGAAGCUUCCCGCGAGCACGGGCGUUAGCUCGAAGUUGCAUUUCGUCCGCAACAUCUUGCGUGUGUUGAGCCCCAAAACGCGGAAAAAAUACGUCGCGGCGAUAAGGGAGUUCAAACGCUGGUUUGCUCACGAGGUUCCACAUCUCCUACGGGACGACUUUCCAGAAGACGCGAAAAUGGCACAUGAGGAUGAGGUGGGCUAUUUGCUUGGGAUGGACAGGGGUGCAGCGUGGGAAUCAGCACCCGAUGAGGACUGUCUGUUCCAUGGUCCGCGAAUUACACGCUGGCGGCUGAAAAUGUUCAUCACGUAUUGCUCGACGGAGUCACCUAAACAGGCGCGAAUGCUAGCAAGGCUUAACCCCAAGACUCCCAUUCGUAAAAGAGUUGCAUGCAGCGUGUCAAUGGUCAAAGCCCGGUUCACCGCGCUGAAGACCCAAUGCAGGGCAGAGACGGUGUUGCUGGAGGGAGAGGACCUCACGACAAAUGUGGACGAGGUUGCGGUCGUGGUGUCCCUCAUGAUGCGCCAGCAAUACAAGAAGUUCAAGGAGUAA